UCAAGAUGAGUGUUUUCGAGGCGUGGUACAUGGAUGAAGAGUCCGGAGAGGACCAGAGACUCCCGCACAAACUGAGCCCGAAUCAGCCCGUCAGCGUUCAGCAGCUGGAGCACAUCGGAGUCUUUCACUGGAAGCUGAACGCUGAUAUCUAUGAAAAUGACCCCGAACUGCAGAAGAUCCGAGAGGAGAAGGGUUAUUCCUUUAUGGACAUCAUAACCAUUCACCCGGACAAACUGCCCGAUUACCAAAACAAACUGAAAAUGUUUUACGAAGAGCAUCUCCACCUGGACGAUGAGAUCCGUUAUAUUCUGGAAGGAUCCUCUUAUUUUGAUGUGCGGGACGAAGGCGACCGCUGGAUCCGAAUAGCGGUGUCUAAAGGCGACCUCAUCACUUUACCGGCCGGGAUUUACCACAGAUUCACCGUGGACGAAAGCAACUACACUAAAGCCAUGCGUCUGUUCGUGGGUGAACCCGUCUGGAAGGCCUACAACCGUCCAGCCGAUGACUUUGACAUCCGCAAGGAAUACGUGAACUCGCUGGGAAGCUCCUGAAAUGCCUGAUGGGAUUGAUUUAGUGCUGAGAAUCAGACUCUGCGGUGCCUUAAACAGACAAGCAGCAAUAGUAGAGCUAACAUGUCAUUACUUAGUCAUCAAGACACACCUGAUAUUUAGAUUAUUAAAGAGUGUGAUGAUCAUUAUGAUGAUGGUUUGUAGAGUUCGACACAGCUCUUGGUUGCCAUGGGUUGGUUUUGUUUUUGGAAAGUCUUAAUGGAAAUAUAAGGUUAUUCUAGUGUUGGAAGAACGUUCUCUCAAUGAUAUUUUUCCAUUAUUCUAAUAACCACUCUGCAAUAAAAUAACCUAAAUAUAACCAUGUAGGAAGAUUAUUUGCAACUAUAAAAUAAAUCUCAGGAGACAUUGUUAUGGUUGCAAAAAACAAACACUAUGACUAACAAUCGCCUAAAAUGAUUUUGUUUUAUUAUAAAAAACGAACCGUAAACUAACAUUGGGAAAACGUUAUGCGUUUGCUGGAUCUGGAAACACUUCAAGAUUGCUCUACUGUCAGGCUUUCCACAGAUUUGCAUCCUUUAUUCGUAUAAAUAUAACACUAAUACCUUAUUGCACCACAGAUCAUAAGGUUUCUUCAUAAAGGUGAGCUGUCAGCAGAAUUUCUCAAGCUUUCAGUGUCACACAAUCUCCAGAUUCGAUCAAGAAACAUUUCUUUUAAUUAUCAGUGUCCAAACAAUGGCUCAGGAAUAUUAUGAAAUAUAUAGUGUUAUACACUACUGUUCACAAAGGUUCAGUCAUACUUUGUAGCAUUAAAAUGGAUCACGUUGUAUUAAAA